AUGUUAUCCGAUGGUCAAUUUCAAUCUUCUAGUCCCUCAUCUACAAGCGCCUCUGCUCAAAAUAAAGUUCCGUUAUACUCGUUAUUAUCAAAAGAUAAACAGUUUUCUAUACCAGAUGAAUUGUCAUAUGGGACAUGCAGAUGUGUGAGUGAUUUCGAAAAACUCAAUUGUAUAGGUAAAGGUACAUAUGGAAUUGUGUAUCGUGGGCGCGAUAAAAUAUCAAAUGAAAUUGUUGCUCUUAAAAAAGUUCGUAUGGAAAAUGAGCAAUGGGGAAUACCAAUAAGUUCAAUGAGAGAAAUUAAUUUAUUAUUAAAUAUUCAUCACCAAAAUAUUGUGGAAUUAAAACAAGUUGUGGUGGGAAAAUCAUUGAGAUCUAUUUUCUUAGUCCUAUCCUAUUGUGAACAGGAUUUAGCCAGUCUACUAGAUCAUAUGACAUCACCAUUCACAGAAGCACAAGUAAUCGAUGGUCCUGAAUCCGAAUCUCACCUUGGUUUGUGCCGCUAGGCCUUGCAAGU